AUGGAUCCACCGAGUCCAACCUGGAUAUACUCCAAUGCGGCAUUGCAGGAAGAAAUGCUCUGCCCCAACGUUGCUGAGGUGGCCUUCUACGACACCAUGGGACGACAGAUAUGGUUGGGGAACGCCAUGCUUCUCGCAAGCGCUGCAAUGACAGGAGUCUUGGUGGGGAUAGGCGGCGGCUACGGCCGGCGCUACCGCCACCACCGCUUCACCCGCUUCAUCUUCCUUGGAGCCAACAUACUGUUCUUGCCCAUCAUCUCUUUUGUCGUCUCUACCCUUCGUGACAGCUCCAAUGACUAUGUCAACAAAGAGGAUGGAACAACCUUGGCGGCAUUGUGCCAUUCAGUGUUCCACCCAUGCAUGGUCAUAACAUGGGCAUUCCUUGUUCAGAUGGCAGCUACCAAUGCUACCUCAGUUGUUGCCACUGAAAGCAGAGAAGGUCGAAAGGUAGGCCCCCCUUGGGAGCUGCUUGUCAAGGGCAUCUGGACCUUCUACCUUGGUGCCAGCAUCACAAAUAAACGUUUUUUUCAUGGGCUGUUCAGGAUUUCUCCUAGUGAGAACCAUGGACCAUUCACCCUCAUCUGUUCCAAGAUUAUGUUUGCGCCUUUUGUUCUCAUCUGUGCCAAGAUUUGGUUCAAAUGCUAUUCGUUUAGAAAGGCACGGAAAUCCUUUGCGCUAGGGCGCAACCCUAGUCUGAUUUUUGGGUACACGAAGGAGCUACAAGUAAGAAGCCAGCAUGGUGGAGCAACAACUGUAGGUGAGGAUGCAUUAUUUUCUCCUCUCUUAGUUAUGGGAGAAGAUAGCAGGCAAGUGAAGAAGCAACCUUGGGGGUAUGUGUUCAGCGACACAUGGACAAUGGCUAUUGACAGAAUUGGCUUGGUGACCCUUGAUAGAGUAUGGAAGUUGGACAGUGUGGCUCCGACAUCAAAAGACUUAUGCCUGUCCUUUGCAUUGUUCAAGUUGCUGAGAUGUCGAUUUGCAAGGUAUGAUAUCGCUAAUGCCGUUGGCUCCACAGGGCACAAGUUUUUCUGGAGCAUGCUGUUGAAGGAUGGUGAACAUAACAGGGUGUUUAGGGUCAGGUGCACAAGCAUGGCCGCAGUCAGAUCCACUGUGAGUUCUGGUGCAGUAAACUACAGGCGAUGCAAGAUAGUGAAUAAUUGGGAUGAGAAAAUAGGGCAGUGCUCAGUAUUAGUGCUUCACCCAACUACAAGAACAAACUUUAUUGGUCUUCUUAGUCGUGUAUUCCAUCAUUUGCCAGAUGAGAAGAUGAAGGUCAAUAUGCCAGCAGCAGUGAAAGCUUGCAUCAUGGAUUCGCUAAGAAGCACCGCUAGCAACACUCGAAGUCAAGCUGGAACAGGUUUCCUCUGGGCAUGCAAUGGAAAGAUGAGUACAUCUGAUAUGAUACUUACAUGGCACAUUGCCACAUGCAUCUUUGAGCAUAAGAGCGCUGCCACUCAUCUGUCACGGUAUUGCGCAUAUCUUAUGACCUGGUCCCCGGAGCUCCUUCCUGACGAGGUUGCAUGGACCAAGAGCUUGUAUGAGGAUGUCAAGAAGGAUACUGAGCGUGUCCUCAAUGUCCGUGCUGCGACCGUGCCACCGUUGAUGCCUAAGGCUGAGUACCAUGAUUUGGUGCAAUUGCUAAGCGAAAAGUCCAAUCAUUUAGUGGUGAAGAAUGGUGUGAGGCUCGGAAAACAAUUGGUGGAGUUGGUUGACGGUGAGGAAACAGCAUGGGCAAUCCUAGCGGGUUUCUGGGCAGAGAUGAUCCUGUACAUCGCGCCAUCCAACAAUCUAAAAGGACACAAAAAGGCCAUCGCCCGUGGUGGAGAACUGAUCACUCUCCUCUGGGCACUGCUCUUCCAUGCUGGAAUAGCUAGUAGGCCAGGUGAAGCUGCCAGCGCUGCUGGUAGCGGCGUUGGUGUUUAG